AUGCCCGCGCGGCGCGGCCCGCCGGCCCGCCGCCCCCGCCGCGCCGCGCCCCGCGCCGCCCGGCCCGCCGCGGCCUGGAGGGAGUUCGCCGCGUCCUUCGCCCGCGCCGGCAUGGUGCCGCCGGCCGAGCCGGGGCUGGCGGCCGUGGAGGCGGCCGAGGGCGCCGCCGUCCUGCUGCUGGCGCCGGGGCAGGCGCUGACCUUCACCGGCAAGUGCCGCCUGCGCUGCCUGUACGGCGCCGUCCGGCUCCUGGGCUUCGCCGUCGCCUCGCACCAGCCGGCGCUGCCGGUGUUCUCGCCCGCCACGCACUGCGCGCUGACGCUGGAGGCGCUGCCCGCCGCGCCCCCGCCCGCCGCCGAGCUCCGCCAGCUCCGCGCCGCCGUCCGCGCGGCCAUGCGGGCGCACCGCGUCCGGCGCCACGCGCGCGCCAGGGCCAUGGCGCGGUUCCUGCCCGACGGCGCCGUGGUGCUGCUGCGGCACCUGGACGCGCCCGUGACGCGGUUCCUGCUCAGCCACCCGCCGCUGUCGCGCCUCUUCGAGCCCCAGAAAAAGGAAGAGUCCAGCUUCACACCCGAGGAUGCGGUUCUGGCGUCGGUUGGCAUCGUGAAGUGUAGCCCCGACCACGGGCUGCUGGUGUCAGAGAGCAUGUCGGUGGCGCUGGAGGAGCUGAUCCAGGCGUGCUGUGCGGAAGAUGAAGGUGUCCCCGUGGUCCUGGUGUGUGGCCCCAAGAACACUGGGAAGUCAACAUUUAACAGAUACCUCAUUAAUCUAUUACUGAACCGCCUGCCCGCAGUUGAGUACAUGGAGUGUGACAUAGGUCAGACCGAGUUCACGCCGCCUGGCUGUGUGUCUCUGAGUAACAUCACAGAGCCGAUUCUUGGGCCGCCGUUCACUCACCAGCAGACGCCGCGUAAGAUGGUGUAUUACGGGCAGACGAGCUGUGAGCAGGACACAGAGAGGUACCUCGACGUCGUGAAGUACGUGUUCAGCUCCUACAAGAAGGAAGUGCCUUUGGUCAUCAACACCAUGGGCUGGGUGAAAGGUGAGGGGCUGCUGCUUCUGAUCGACAUCAUCCGCCUGCUGUCGCCCAGCCACAUCGUGCAGAUGGACGUGUACGACUGGAAGGCCAUGGCCCCGCUCACGCCCGAGCACGUGCGCCUCACGCCCGGCCUCUACACCAAGGGCAAGCAGCAAGCCAAGUGCAAGCAGCUGGGAGGCAGUGGGGCUGAGGGCUGGAGGUGCCCUGAUGGGGAGGGGGACGCGUCAGCCCCCGAGUACAAGCUACUGUACGUGCACCCGGAGUUCCCGCGCGCUGGAGCCGCCGGCGAGGCGCGGGUGCACAGCGGCAUCCUGCGAGACAUGUCCAUCCUGGGCUACCUGGGGCAGCUGCAGUCCCCAGACAUGGGCACCGUGCUUCCACUGCACAGCCUUGUCCCCUAUCAGGUGCCAUUCAGUGCUGUUGCCCUGCGGGUGAUUCACACCGACGUCGCUCCCACCAACAUCAUGUACGCGGUGAACGCCGGCUGGGUCGGGCUGUGCCGCAUCCCCGACCAGGUCAGGGCCCAGGGCGACGGGCCCGUGCUGCUGACACAGACCCCGCUCUGCGACUGCCUGGGCUUCGGAAUUGUGCGAGGGGUUGACAUGGAGAAGAAGCUUUACCACGUUCUGACACCGGUGCCUCCGGAGAGCCUGAGGCUAGUGAACUGCCUGCUCCUUGGAAACAUUGCCAUCCCAAACUGUGUCCUGGUGGGCCAGCAGGGAAUUGAGGGUGAGAUCCCCUAUGUCACAUCCGAUUACAACUACAGUAUCCUGGGCUCGGGCAAGCUGAGGAAGAAGAAGCAUUUCAAGAGGAGGGAGUACCCAUUUGAGUGUGAUUACACCUGAAGCCCCGGAGCAGGGCUGUUGUGUGGGGAGUGUGAGCAGGACUGCGCCCAGAGGCUGCCCUGGAGCACGGGUGUUGUGUGAGCAGGGCUGUGCCUGGGGGCUGCCCUGGAGUGGGGGUGUGAGCAGGGCUGUGCCUGGGGCUGCCCCAGAGCGGGGCCCUGCGUGUGCAGCAGCUGCUGCUCCUCCCCUUUCCAUAAUGUUUUCUAUUUUCCGUUUAUACGGGAGUGUUUUGUAAUAAAUGCCUGUUGCAAA